AUGGGUGAUUCGGUGUUUGAAUCUUCAUCUUCUGAAGGUUUAUCUCAGUACCGCAAAGUGGGCACUCAACUCGUGGGUCUGUGGCGGCAGUACACCGCCGCCAGCGCGGCGUUGGGCCAUCUGCUUCGGGAUUACAACGUAACCCUGCGACAGGAGCAGCGGGUGGAGUUGGUAGAGCUGUUGCAGCGGAAGCAAAAAGCCGCAGCAGCAGCCCUGAAGCAGCAGCAGCAGCAGCAAAGAGGGAGGGGAUCUCGAGCGAGGGCCAUGUUGCCGCUUUGGUCUGGGGAGAAAGCGAGUUUGAACGAAAUAAAAGAACAGAUAAAGCGUUUAGAUGAAAAGAUGGGGAGCAUACCCGACUACAGACAGACGGAGAAAAACGCAUUUCUUGUUCGCCUAGGUACUUCGCCUGUCAACGUUUCCAAGGCCUUGACGGCCCCUUUUUCUUCUCUCUUCCACACAGCGCUUAGUUCCUACAAAACCCACCUCCACGAUCUUAAGAAAAAGUAUGACGCCCUCUUUUCCACCUUGGAGCAAAUCAAAUAUGCUGCCGCUGCGGCCCACGAACGGCGCGAGUUUAUCGGAAAAACCGCAGAACUUGAAAGCUUGUUCGACCCAGAUGCACCAACUACACUGAAAUUCCCUAAAACUCAAUAG